AUGGAUCAGAAUACCACACUGAGUGAGCGCAAGUUCUUUUACUUUCGCAUUUUAGCGCAAAAACUCCUGGCAUCUGGGAACCACUCCAUGAUGCCAUACGACAACGAUACCGAAUCUCCGCUGGACAACAAUCUGGAUCUGGACGUGAACACGGAUAUCUACUCCAAAGUCGUGGUCACCGUGAUAUACAUCGCACUCUUUGUGAUAGGAUGUCUGGGGAACUCCAUAACACUCUACACUUCACUAAUGAAGAAGUCUCUACAGAACCUACAGAGCACUGUCCACUAUCACCUUGCAAGCCUCGCAGUAUCCGACCUCCUAAUUCUCGUUUUGUGCAUGCCCAUCGAGCUGUAUAACUUCAUCUGGGUCCACCACCCGUGGGCAUUCGGUGAAGCGGUCUGUAAAGGGUACUAUUUCCUAAGAGACGGCUGCUCUUAUGCCACUGUGCUCAACAUUGCCAGCCUCAGCGUCGAGCGCUACAUGGCUAUCUGCCACCCGUUCAAAGCUAAGAGUAUCAUGUCUCGCAGCCGCACCAAGAAGCUGAUCAGUGGCAUGUGGGUGGCAUCGUUCCUUCUGGCCACGCCGAUGCUUUUCACUAUGGGUCAGCAAAACGCCGGAAGUGAGAAGAUCUGCACCAGUAUCGUAUCCCCCGUAACGACCAAGAUCGUACUGCAGAUAAAUGCCUUAUUGUCCUUCGUGGUUCCCAUGGCAGCGAUCUCAGCGCUGAAUGGCAUCAUAGCCAGCCAGCUGCUGCGCAUGUUCCGGCAGGCUGCACAGGACAGCCAUGUGUGCAUCAUCGGGGGAAAUCCCACCAUGUUGAGUGUCAGCGUGGAGCCCAACCGGGCACAGUCCCUGCAGCAUGGGGUCAGGGUCCUACGUGCUGUGGUCCUUGCUUUUGUGGUGUGCUGGCUACCCUACCAUGCCCGACGCCUCAUGUACUGCUAUGUCACUGUGUGGACAAAUAGUCUGUAUGACUUCUACCACUACUUCUACAUGGUGACCAACGUGUUGUUCUAUGUUAGCUCUGUUGUCAACCCGGUCCUUUAUAAUCUGGUCUCUGACAAAUACCGGGAGGUGUUUUUCUCUACGUUCUGUCACAUGUACCUGCCCUGUCACCGCAAGAAGCAAACGCGCGUCCUCACCCGGCACUCCAACAGCUUCUCUAGCAACCACACCAUGUCCACCAACAUCGUCAAGGAGACCGUCUACUGACUCCCCAAGUGCAGUGUGCCAUUUGUCGCAUGCAGCAAGGGGAUGGAGAGAGCAGUGCGCAAAAAAACACAGCUGGGAACAGAAACAAUUAAUGGAGUGGAAUGUGUUUUGAAUUUUUAAUUAUCAUAUGUAGGACUGUUCUGUGUUACCAAAAAUCAGUUGUGUGUGAGAGUGCAUGUGUGAAUGACACUUCACUUUAGAGACUAGAAAUAGACACUUACGCAUGGCAUUUUACUUCACAAAUGCACAUACUGUACAUGUGUCAAACUUUUGUGAUUAAAGAAGAAAGCCAUGAUGUGCAAAGUCUUUGUGUCAUAUAAAUAUGGAAACAUUCCUGUGCACAUUUGUCCUAUACUCACAUUCUCUUAUUUGGGCCGCACAAGUAUUUCACAUUAAACAACAGCUCACUGAAGACGGCAGCAAAUAGACAUGCAGGCACCCAUCUGACCUAUCCACAGUAACACCGCUUGAUCAGUCAUAGAGCAUUCACAUACCACAUUAAACCGAGACAAACAAACCCAAAAUGGUCAUAUGAAUAUACUUAUUCAGCUAUUCAUAUUUAUUUUAUAUACUGUAGGGGUUCAGUCUCUGGACUGUCAUCAGCCCCUUUGGCAGUUAAGUUUGCCCCUCCCAAGCAGAUGUUUUCAGAGAAAACAAUACCAUAUGAGGUCAUAUCCGAAGAAUUUAAACUUUAGCAGCUCUGAGCUGUUAGAAAAUGAACAGCCCUCACAAAAAGAGCUUGUCCAUGCUGCUUGGUUUAUAGCAGCAGGCUAAUCGCAUACUGAAGCUGUAGUUGCCUGAAUUGCAGAAAUUCUGUGUGAUAUUGAUUUGGGACGGAAUUUAAAAUGUGUCAUAUUAUAUGAUAGGAUUGAAAAAGCUGUCCAAUAAAAGGUCUGUGUAGUAGAAUAUCUUAAAUACUAUUUGAGUUGGAGCUCUAGCUAGUUGAUCUGUCUAUAUCAACAUUUCAGUCAUACCACUAUAUUUCAUUUCUGGUUCUUGUGAAUCAAGAAAGCAUGUACCAUUUUAUAUUUCGUAUAUUUCUGUAAUGCUACAAAAUCAAACAGAGUUUAUGUCAUUUCUGGGGUGAGUACUACUAUAUGAUACAGACUGGAUAAGUAGUACUGAAGUACUGGAUAAAGUCUCUACUGGCCAACUUUAUUUCAAUGUCACAGAUUUUAUAUGCUAUUAAGGGUGUGUCACUGCUAAUUGUAAGGAGAAUCAAAUAAAAAAGUCAGGGAACCAGUAAUUCACUGACAUUGGGUCAUCUGUUAAAGUAAUGUCAUCACUGCUAUUGAGCACAUUCAAUAGUGCAGGCACACUGAUUCCCUGUCAGUGCUUUAUAUCUAUAAUCAUUGCAUGCUUUAUUUAUGUAAGUCUGUGCAGGUGCACUCUUGAAACUGUGGUUUACAGCCAUGUGUUUUCACAGGCAAUAGUCUCAUGCUAAUACUGUUGCGUUAACCUAUAUGAUGGUUGAACUUGGUUGUGCAGUGGCAAUUGUUGUUUGCUUUGGCAGUAUACAGUAUAUCCUGUUUUUUUUUUGACAUUUUAAUGCUGGAGCUGCCUUCGCAUAAGAUAUUUAUAUUCAGAUUAUUCAAUAUGUAAGAUAUUGACCUAGCAAAACCUGGAGAGGUUUUUAGAACAAUGUCUUUCAUUACUGAUGUCUACUCUUGGGUAAAUCUGACACAAUGCACGAAUCCCUCUGAUUAAAAACCACAAACAGAGAACAAUGCUGAGUGUCAACUCACACACUCCUACGCUGAGCCCCUUCAGGAAUGAAAGGGGGAAAUGGAGCUCAGUGGUUCCAUGGAUGAAUGUUUUGAACAUGAAAGAAGCUAUAUAUUUACUACUCUCUCAAGGAGAAAUUAAUUCAUUAAAAGGAUUCAUUAAAAAGGAGAAGAGUACCCUCAUCUCCUGGUCCUCCUUGCUCUGUAUAUUGAGCUACCAGCUUACACAUAUGUUGUGUAUCCCUUUUCAACAUUUCUGCAAAAAAUGGCAUUGGCAAGAGCGCAAUUUCUGUGUCAUUCAGCCAUAGAGUCACUGACUUCCUCCUUAACCUCUUUGCAUGGUGCACUCAACACUGGCAGACCUUGCCUUAUGAGUGGGAGGUAGCGUCUGAACCAAUAAAUGGGUGACAUUCGUUCUGUCAAAGUAAAAGACGUCCAUACAAUUGUUGGCUUUAAUAUUUUCCCCGCUGUGAAUGCAGACCUCUGAAUUUCCUGUUUUGUCUUUGUGCACUGGAGAAUAUGGAUACGUAUGUGUAAACAUGUGCAUGUGUAUGUCUGUGUGUGUGUGUGUGUGUGUGUGUGUGUGUGUCUGAGUAGGAGUUGACUCUUGGGUCACCAAUAUGCUGGCUCAUAAAAUAAAUAAAUCUGUAGUUUUCCAGUUUUCUGUAGAAAUGUAUUUACUGUAAAAUAAAUAUUAAUAUUUGUUUAAAAAGAAUUAAGUUACUAUAUAUGGAAGAUUUAGAAAAAAAUACCAAGUACGAUUAUCUGGAAAAAUACAUUUUUGACGGUAUUUAAUAUUACAUAACUCAGUCCACAGAAUCAACUUUGUUUGGAAAAACCAGAAUAAUGGAACUGCUGUUAACUUACUACGUAAUAUACAUAUCUUUCUGUGUGUUAUGUUCUAUUAUAUUGUGGAAGAGAUUAUGGAAAAGAAAAUAGAGGCUUAAUAAACAUAAAAUGCAUUUUCUAUUUUUUAAUAAAUCCAAAAGAAUGUAAAUACUAAGAUUAUUUUCAUUAAGUAUUACAAAAAGACUAAAAUGAGAUUCACCUUGAACAUUGAUGAAGGCUUCCUCUUUUCUGCAGUUACAUGGUGCCAUAUACAAGGAAAGUGUGACUUUGCCUGGAUUCUGUUUUAUCAAGAAACCUAAAUAAAUUCAAAUGUUAUGCAAGUGCAACAAAGAUACUAGAUGUCAUUAGAAAUAGAGCACACUUGCACCUGUGUUGUAAUACACCACUGGUGUUUGUUUCAUGUGCCAUAGAACAGUAGGUCAGACUAAUAUUGUGGAACAACCUACACAAACAUGGGACCCUACAAAGAUCCAGAUUAAUAUCCAGUAGCAAUGAUUUUGCAGAUGCAUAGUUAAUUUUGCACUAAAAUAAAAUGAAGACUAUACAAACAGAAACAUACUGCAGGAAAUGAAAUGAGUAGAGUUAUGAAAAUAUGUUGAUAUACCAUUAAAAUGCACAAUUGAAAAGAGAACCAAUGAAUGGUUCAUUCAUUUCGAUGAAUUAACCAUUUAAUAAUGUUCACAUACAGUACGCAUUGGUGAAAAUGCAACUUGUGAAGCCCAAAUAAAAUGGAAGUGUUAUAUAUACGAAGACUGGAAUGUAAAGUAUCACACAACCAAUGAAACUGUGGAAGACUAUCUCUGAUUUUAAUUAAUUUUUCUUUCUUUAAUUGACUAUUUUAACUUAUUUUUAUCAAUUGGAUCAGUUGAUGUAGGCAAUGUCCCUGUGGGCUUACAUUUUUAAUCAUUCAGACAUGGCAUUAAAGUAACUGUGUGCCCCUGUAAUCUAAAAUGAUUUUGCUUUAGGUAUUACAUUAAAUGCCAUCUGUAUAUAGGGUUGGGCAGUAUUUAAAAUCAUUUUGAGUGUUUUUUAAUACAUAUUUCAUGAGCUUGUAAAAAUCUUGAGUUAAUUUCAGAAAUAGGUAUAUCUGUAUCAAUAAAUGUUUAAUGUUUAAAAUGAAAUGGAAUUUAUUUGUGACUUGAUGAUCAGAGUCUAAUUCUGCCAAAAAGCAAAGUUGUAGCAAAGUUUGCCAAAACAAUUGGAGCAAAGAUUAUCUGAGAACUGCCUGAAAUAUCUCUGCCUGAAAAGUUCUACAAUGCCUAUGGGAAACUAGGCUGUGAUCAAUAUUAUUUCUCUUACAGUACAAGACAUACUCAGUAAAAUGUCCAGCGCUAAUGUAACAGAGUACAUAUGAGUCCAAUAGGGAUAAAAUAUUCUCUGUAAGAGUUGAUAUAACACUGAACAUUUUGCUGUGUAGAGUUUUCUUUCUAUACAGUUAGGAAAUUCGUUCUUGGAAUCUUGUUAUUGUCCAUUGUACAUGGAAACUUUACAAAAUGUGCCAUGUCUUGCGCAGAGUGAUAUAUGUUAGCUCUUUAUUUAACAAAACAUCUUCCAUUUGAAUUUCCAAUAUUUAUUGAGGUAGACAUUAUCUAUAAAAAAGUACAUUGAAAAUAUAUGUGGUCUUAUGCUCUGUACAACUAAAAUGAAUCAUUUUAAAGUAAAAUUAUUUUUGGAUUUACUUUCGACCUAUUUUGUGUUUUCUAUUUUUGUCCAUCUGUCUGAUGUUCAUUCAUUGUAGUUUUGUGUGACCUCAUCCCAAAAAUGAAUGUUGGUCAUGUAUAAAUCAUGCUGAAAAAUAUUUGCAGCAUAUCAGUCAUAUCUGAGCAAGACAUCUUGGCAGGCCUACACAUGUAGAUCAUGAAAUUUUUUUAUUGUGUUUGUAUAAUUUUAUACAAACUCAGUUAAAAAUAGUUGUAUAAAAAUAUUAUUAAAUGUCCAAUUUCUAUACAUUCUGUGUAAAAGGAUGCAAGGAUGCAAUUUUUUGCAGAUUUGUAUGAUUUUUAAUCCUGUCAAAUUCCACUUUCUAAAGCAGUGAUUGGACAGACCUACAUCAGCUGUAGGCCAGGAAAGCAGGAAGCUUUUUCAGAAAACUAAUCUGGGAAGAUAGUGUAAUGCCCACCUAAAGAUAUAGUAUCAUAGACCGUCUGUGUGCAACCAAGGUGCUUGAAGUGAAAGUUUACAUAUUUAUCUAGAGUGCCACAGGCUUAAAAAUAUUUUUCGGUGUCCUUUCAAAUCUUAUUUGCCUAAAUUGACAGUAUGGUCUCAAAUAUGAUUUGUCUCAGGGUCAGUGUGUUGGAUCUGCAUACAAUCUGUAUCAUUUAUCAUUGUUAUGUUUUUUUUUAUUGAUGGUACUUUUUUCUGUAAAACAUAUGUGCUGGUAUAAGAACAUCCUCCUCUAAGGACAAAUCGUUAGCAAUCAUGUUAAUUCAUUUGUAAACAAACAGUACCAGAAAUGGGUCAACUCUAAAAAUGUUGCAGGGUAGGAACACAUGCAUAGCUACAGUUGAAAUGUAAAUGCCAUGGUGCCAUAUAAUGUAUUAGCUUGCAUUAGAGCAGCACACAUACAGCUAAUUUGAGUAAGUAGAAUUCAGUCUUAAAGCCAACAUUGUUUCCACGUUAUAUUAAUUGAGUCUAAUAACCGUGUGAUUACACUGUCUUUGUUCCAGUUGCUUAAAUUUUUUUUUCAUUUGUUCACUGUUGUUAUUUCGCUGUUAUUAUUAACUUGCGUCUGAACCAAAUCUUGCUGUGAUCGCACAAAUAGCUGUUAUUGUCAAAAACUGUGUGUACCUGUGUUACACGUUAUUUGUCUAAAUAUAGAGUAAUUACUCAAAUAGCAGAGCCACUUAAUGUGAUGCCUUUUGCUUCAGUUGUGUGUUCAUGUGUUGCUUGGUUGUGAUAAUCGAAAUGAUUGCAUUUUUGAAAAUGUUUCUGUCGGGUGACUUUUAAUGUUCAUGUGACUUGGUGUUGACAACUUUUGUUUUUAAAAGGUCUAAAGAGUGUGUUUUUGUAAGGUAUAUUGAUGAAUAAAGAAAUAAGAAUCCCUG